AGGCGUUCGGUUCAAGAUGCUGUAGCCAUGGCUUGGCCAGCGGCGACUCCUUGUUCAGAACUGCCUCCUCUCAGUUCUUAUAGUGUUGUUUGCUCCUCCAUUCUUUCCAGAUCCAUACCUACGAUCUCGACCUAGCGUUUUCUUUGCAUUGGAUGCAUGAUUCCAUUAUUGCUUUUGGUCCUGCUGGGAUGUCUUCCAGCAGAGGCCCGCCAGGACUUGCCGAGGCAGCAGUUCGUGCGAAGAGAGCAUUCCAAAAGAGCUGCUGAUCAGCAAGUCCUCGUCGCCGCGGAUGGACACCCGGAGGUGGAUGUACCCGCCUUGGGCCGCGCAGGUCCGCGGUUGCGAGAGAGCGCGCUGAUCCAGGCUGCGUCGCCGGCGGAUGUGAACAUCCUCGAGGAGACGCAGCCGGAGGUGAAGCCACCGCAGAACCAAUCUGAGUCUCAGGCGGACGCUGAGCUGCAGGACGCAGAGGACAUUGCGGAGCCGGUGAAUGUGACGGAGGAGCAGCUGCCGGCCAUGGAAAUCGUUAACAGCUCGCUGCAAGAGGCGGAGCCGGGCAACUCUUCGGACCAGGACUGCUAUUCCUGUGAUGAUACUUUCGCGGAGCUGUUUGACGUGCUGGGCAACCUCGACGCUCCGCAGGCGGAGUCUGCCGGCACCUCGAUGGAAACGACUGAAGCUACCUCUGGAGGAGAUGCAGUGGAGGCCUACUCCAUGCCAUCUACCGAGUCUGAGGACGAGGAGGAGCACGAGGAGCAUGAGGAGCAUGAGGAGCAUGAGGAGCAUGAGGAGCAUGAGGAGCACGAGGACGAGGACAAGACAGAUAAGGACUCCGCGAGGGCGGAGGAUGACACCUCCGAGGGGGGCUCCGGAGAUGACCACUGGUGGGGCCGCUGGGCGGAGCGCGAGCGCGUGGAGAAGAAGACCCAGGCUGAGGUGGAGCCGGACAGUCCCUUCGUUGCCCCUGCGCCGCCUCCACCGCCCCCGCCGCGGGAGAAGAAGACGGUGGUCGCCAAGAAGGAGGAAAAGCCAAAGUGCCUCAUGGGCUCCUGGUGCAAGGACUUCACAAAAGCAGGCAUCCCGGUGGCCGACCAGGCCAAGAUCACCUUCAAGGGAACAGAGUGGUUCUACAAUGCGGAGGGCACCAAGGUGGGCAAAGGCGAGUCGGAGAAGACCUGCGACGGCGAGGCCUACUUCUGCGCCGGGGGGAAGACCUACGGCCCGGGGCUGAAGCAGGCGGAGGCGCUGAAGAAAGCCAUCGAGAACAAGGGCGUUCAUCCUGAAAAGGCCGGGUGCACGCUGAGCAAGUGGUGGUGCAACACUCUGACCACCGCAGGCAUCUCCAAGAAAGAUCUGGGCCAGCUUCGCGUCAAGGACAGCGAAUGGAUCUACAAGGACAAGGGGGUGAAGGUAGGCUACGGCUCCUACAAGAAUAAGUGCGACCGGGAGAAGUUCUACUGUGCUGGUGGCAAGCUGUUCGGGAAGGGCAGUCUGCAAGCCCAAGCUGUCAAGAAGGCGAUUGCGAACGGGGGAAUUCAUCCAGACAAGGUGUUCUGCACGCUGGGCAAAUAUUGGUGCAAGCAGCUUCAGAGAGCAGGCUUGGUUCGCAACGAUGCCGGCAGGGUGAGCUAUUCCAAAGGAGUGUGGUACUUCAAGGGCGAGACCACGAAGGUGGGCCAAGGCUCCUGGAAGAAGGCCUGCGACAACCGGAAGCUCUUCUGCGCCGGGAAGAGCCGCUUCGGCUUCGGCAUUCAGCAGGCUCAAGCGGUCAAGGAAGCCAUCCUGAACGGCGGACUUCACCCGGACAUGGAACCAUGCCCCCUGAGCAAGUACUGGUGCACACAGAUGCAGCGGGCAGGCAUCCGCGGCCGGGACAUCGCAAAGCUGAAAGGGAAGAGCGGGGAGUGGCUUUUCCAUGAGACGAGCCUCAAGGUUGGCUACGGCAGCUACAAGAAGACUUGCGACUCCGUGGAGCUGUUCUGCGCUGGGGGUGCCAAAUAUGGCUCCGGGGCUGCGCAAGCGCUGGCAGUGAAGGCGGCGAUUGAGAACGGCGGCCUCCACCCCUCGAAGGCCAACUACCGCUCCUAUCCCAACUACUGUGUCUACUCCAACGGAAAGAAUGCACAGCAGGACCGCGGCCGCGUGACAAGCAACGUCGGCGCUUGUGAGACCACGUGUGACCGCACCGCGGGCUGCACUGGCUACGAAUGGUUUGCCAAAGGCUACAAGAAGAAUAACUGCUACCUCUUCAUCAACAAGCCAGUGGCAAUGGGCAAAUCAGGCAAGCGGUUCAGAGACGCUGAAUGCUUCGUCAAGAAGGCGCGGCGGUGCAUCGUCUUUGACAACUGGCGCAAGAAGUGGCUGGGCAAACACGUGGAGAUCAAUUUGGGAAAGAACAAAUAUGGUGCCAAGAUGAAGUCCUGGAAGGAUUGCCUCGAGCUUUGCGAGGCGCAGAAGGAGUGCAAGCAAGUGGUGUUUACCAAGGGGCUAUGCUACGGCAUGCUGGCCAGAAGCGAUCUGGACCAGGACAACAAGGGUGGCAAGAACAGCGCAUUCAUCUCGGCGCACUGCUACGACAAGGACGUACUCCACAAGGUUCGAACCUGCUCGGAGUGUGGCAAGACGCACUGCAGCAACUAUAUGAAGAACGGCGAUAACUUGGAGUCCUUCUACAUGAUGGGCAGCACGCUGAGAUCCUGGGGCUGCGGGAAGGUCUGGUUGAAGCCCUACCGCACGGUUCGCUCUUCGGGCCGAGUCUAUGUGGUGGAAAACCAGGCGGAGCAGGUGGAGAGCUGCGCCUUCCUGACACCCCACUUCGAGGCCUUGGGCCAGGCGCUCUGCGAAGACGGGAAGUACGUGAAGGACUGGAGCUGCAUGAAGGGUGGCCAUGGGCAACGCUUUCAGUGCCCCGCCGAUGCGCCUACCAUGUGCACCGCGCAGACAUGCGGAAGCGACAAGAAGGACUUCUGCUGCGCAAAGAGCUGCGAAAAGCUGGGAGGUCCUCGCACUUGCUCUCAGGGAGUCACCUACUACAGCAACGACAAGGCCUUGAGCUGGUACAAGUUGCAGGACAAGUGCGAGAGUCACGGAAAGCGGCUUUGUACGUACUCGGAGCUUUGCAGCAAGAAAGGGCGACGGCCCAGGGGAGGCCUCCAGUCCUCCUCGGAUGCCUGGUGCCCCAUCCUGGAUGAAGAUUUGAGGACCCCGAACUACGUGCAAGUGGGCGUAAACACCAAGCACCCCACCUGCCAGCGGCUGACGGAUUCCCACAGCCUCUCCGCCACAGCCUGGCCCUUCAACGACCGCGGGGCCGUGGAUCUCCGCGAGGUCUAUGGCUGCUGCGAGGGCUGGACUACAAAGGGCAUCCGAUUUCGUGGCGCGCUCGUGCGCUUCCGCGAGAGGUUGAAGAAGGAUCGCUUGACGAUUCGACGCGGAAAGAGAUGGGGAGCUAAGAACAAGGAGAUUUACUACCAAAAGCUUCCGAGCUACCUCAGUGCUUCCUGGCCCUUGCGGGGGACCAAAGACAUCAACUCGGCCAAUCAGAAUUCGCUCUACCUGCCCCAAACCACCCUGGCCUACUUGCUGCGUGUGGACAGAUGGAGCAAGGUCGACCUGAAGGGGUGGACGGACACGGGAGAUGUGGGAAGCUACCUGGGGACUCACUACUACAAGGACAAGGUGCGAAUCUACUGGAAGAUCCUGGACGCUGGAAAGCAUAUCAUCGACAACUACUCUGGCAUGUACUUGUUCGCCAGCGCGCAGUUGCCGACCUGCCUGGGGGUCCCGGGGAACGCCAUCCCCACUGGGUUUGUUUGGCCGGAGAAGUAUCCCAAGAAGUUCGCCGCAAGUGUGGAGGAGGUCUGGGCGAACAAUCGCGCGGGGCUCUAUGGCAAGAAGGUCCAGGGCAUGAAGUUCGCGGCCCUCACGCUGAAAGAGAAGGAGUCGAACGGGGGCACCUACUACAUCCUCUUCAGCAACAAGCCCCCGUCAGACCCAAGCCUACCCGGGUCCGACUGCUCUGCUGGCACCACUCUGAAGUACGGUACCAAGCCCAAGUCCAAGGUUCGCCUUGCAGGGGACUUUGUGCCAACCUGGCAGGGCACCACCUGGAAGAUCUACUUGGACGCGGAGCCCUGGCAGCCCUUCGGUGGGCUCAACGCCAAGUGCGGCGCUCUCGCGGCGGCGACGUCGCAGGUGGCGGACAAGUCGGACUGCCAGAUGAAAGCCCUGACGGCGAACCACCCCUACUUCCAAUUCCUGGCGAAGGACAAGGAGCCGGCGCUCUGUGCCACCUCCAGCACCUGCGAUGCCCCUAUCACAGGCCAGAAAGACCAGUGGCAAAUCUACUCCAAGCACGGCACUUUCUUCUCCUACGGGGACGACACGAGUUGCCGGGCGAGGGCCAGCGAACAGUUCGUGGGCAACGGGCACUGUGCUAAUGGUCAGAUCUAUAGCUCCGCAGCGUGGGCGAUGGCCGAAAGCAAGUUUGGGAAGAAAGGCUUUGAGACGGCUCAGUACAAGGCCUGGGUGAAGACGGCAUGGUCCCUGUGCCUUGCACGAGAUCCUCAGACCACCUUCGUCUCCGUGUGGAUGGAUGCCGGCUACAGGUGCUACAAAACCCUGGACUGCAAAGCCAACAACGCCGGGCAGACGCGAUCUUGGAGUGGCGCCGGCUUGGGCAAGGCCUUCGUGCACCUGCGCAGCUUCAGCGGUGCUGCCGUGGGCAGGUCCUUCCUCCAUAGCUGGGUGAAGGGCAAUGGGCUGAUGCUGAAGCCCCAGGACGAUCUCAGCGGCCGGCAGCGCUGGGUGAUCUCCAAGGGCAAAGGCAACUGGUAUUACAUCCGGGUCCUCGGGGGGACCACAAAAAGGAAGACCUACCUGAGCUCCUCCAAAUACGGGAAGAAGGUCUUUCUGCACGACAGGGACGACCGUAGCGGGCGCCAGCGCUGGAAGAUCCGCCCCUUUGGCACGGCCUACCAGAUCUCGGUGCUCGGAGGUGUACGGGGCAAGCGCCGGCUGUUGAGCACCAACACAGGUGGCACCAAGGUCGCUUUGUGGACGAAGGACGAUGACAGCGGUCGCCAGAGAUGGAACAUCGGCGCGCAGGCUGAUGCCGAGUACCUCACCUCUUGGGCAGAGACGAACUUCAACAAUCGUGGCAACAAGCAGCUGAGCGUGAAGAAGACGUACUUCUACCGUUUGGGAAGCGGCCACCUCUGUGGGCUCUCUGGGUGGACCCACACCCGGACCUAUGCGCGGGGCUUUCUGCGGGCCAAGCGCGGGAACGCGCUGGCCGUGGUCGUCGGCCUGGAGCCGGGGGCGGAGUACGUGUGGCGCAUCUACCAGUCUGCCAGCCUCGCCGCGGGCAAGAACGGGCUCACGGUGAACGGCAUAGCGGAAGGCUCCACGGUGUCUUUCAAUACCAUCGCGGCAAAGAAGAGAGGUAUGAGCCAAGCCGACAUGAAGGGCCGGAUUGUUUUCACCUUCGCACGCCAGUCCCACCACGUGCAGCUCUCAGCGCUCAGCGUGAAGCGCAGAGACGAGGCGGUGGACGAGUACCUCACCACGCUGGAUGAGAACCACUUCAACGAUCGGAAGGACUCCACCCUGUCGAUGUCUGGCUCUUACACCUACCGCCUGGGGAACGGAUACCCAUGCGUCUUGACCGGCUGGACCCACACACGAACCUAUGCCCACGGCUUCCUGCGGAACAAGCCGGGCCUGGGCCUGGCGGUGGUGUCGGGCCUGGAGCCUGGCGCGGAAUACGCCUGGCGCGUCUACCAGUACGCUGCCCGUUUUGCGGGCAAGAACGAGCUGAUUGUGAACGGCGACUCCAAGGGCCAGACGACCUCCUCCAAGGCGGCGCUGCCGCGCCUGGGGUUCGCCCAGGCGGAUGCCCACGGGAAGAUCACCUUCGCCUUCCGCCGGCAAUCCACCCACGUGCAGCUCUCAGGGCUGGCGGUGGGCCGAGUCAGCGGGAAGCCAGCCAUGGUCACGCUGGAGGAUGAGGAGUCCUGCCGAGGAGAAUGCGCAAGGCGGCCGUCCUGCUCGGGCUUCGAGUUCAGUGGCAAGACUUGUGCCAUCUGGUCGGCGCCGGUGGGCUCUGUGGCCUAUGGUCAGAACUCCAAGUGUGUGGCGGUGCUACCGGAGCACGUCUACGGCAGCAGCCACACCGGCGGCGGGGGCGAUGGCAAGCGUUGGCGCAGAGGGCCAGGAGGACUUAAGGGCACCGACGUGGGCAACGGAGAGACGGGCUACACGACCGGUCCAUACGAGUUGGUCUCGGGAAGCAGCCGCGAAGCAUGCGAGCAGAGCUGUGGGCAGCGGGGCUGGUGUGCUGGCUUUGCCUACAAGCACACAGCAAGGGAGGGAUCACGGCCUGAUUGGCAGCUGGGCGCAUGCCAAUUGGUGGGGAGGCUGAUCUCCGGCACCACCAAAGUGAAGCAGGUCACCUCCUACAGCAAGGUGGGCACCUGGCUGCGCCAGGAGGGCCAGUGCCAGGCAUCGCCCAGCCUCGACUUCAUCACCCAGGGCCACUGCGCCACCGGACAGAUCUACGGAUCUGCGGCCUGGGCAUUGUCCUCGAACAGCGAGGGGCGCCACGGCUUUCACAGCGCGGAGUACGCGAGCUGGGUGCUGGCGGCCUGGCGGCUUUGCCGAGCCAAAGACCCCAAGGUGGCCUUUGUGAGUGUGUGGACAGACGCCGGGUACCGCUGCUACAAGGCUGCCUCCUGCAUUCCCAAGACCUAUGCAGACGUGAGGUCCUGGAGCUUGGCGGGCCGAGAAGUGCUGUCCAGCCUGAAGGAGCAGAGCUUCCAGACCAAAGCCAAGACGCUGUCUAUCAACACAGCUUACCAGUUCACGCUGGCCAAUGGAUACGACUGCAAGCUGCGUGGAUGGACCCACACCAGGAGCUAUGCAAAGGGCUUUCUCCGAAACCAAGCAGGGAGUGCAACAGCCACCGUGUCGGGCCUUGCGCCCAGGGCGUUGUAUGUGUGGAAGGUGUACCAGUACGCCUCCUCCUUCGCGGGCAAGAACUUCCUGCACGUCAACGGCCAGCUCUGGGGCAGGACCUCCCAGGCCAAGUCGGACGCGCCCACCGCGGGAGGCCUCGUGCGGGCCGACAAGAGGGGCCAAGUCGUCUUCAAGUUCAGCCGCAACACCCACCACGUGCACCUCUCCGGUCUGGCCAUUCGGAAGCUCAACGAGGGCGGCGCGGAAGCGCUGGCUUCGCUGUCGGCCAGCAGCUUCCUCUUCCGGAAGUCGCCCAACCGGAACUUGGCGCCCAGCAACGGUUAUGUCCAGACUUUGAGCAAUGGCUACGCAUGCGAGCUGAAGGGGUGGACGCAUUCGAGGAAAUACGCGAAGGGCUUCCUACGAAAUCGGAAGGGCACUGCCACCGCCCUCCUCUACGGCCUGGAGCCAGGCUCUUUGUACGCCUGGAAGGUGUACCAGUACGCAUCCGCGUUUGCCGGCAAGAACCUGCUCAAGGUGAACGGAUUGUCGCUGGGCUGGACGUAUGCGUCCAGAAGCUCGGUGGCCACCAAGACCGGAGCACAUCGAGCCAAUGAGCACGGCCAGAUCUUGUUCGAGUUCCCGAGGACGAGCAGACACGUGCACUUGUCGGGCCUGGCAUUUGCCAAGGUCUUCGAGGACGGAGAUGGAUACUUGUCGAGGAUGCAAGACAGCAACUUCAAUGACCGAGGAGACACCACGCUGAGGGACUCGACUACCUACAAGUAUCUCCUGGGCAACGGAUAUCCCGUGGCGUUGAAGGGCUGGACCCACACCCGGCGCUACGCCUAUGGCUUUCUCCGGAAUAAGAAAGGCUCCGCCAGUGCGGUGGUGUCUGGCUUGAAGCCCAAGCAGCUCUAUGCCUUCAAGCUCUACCAGUACGCGCAGAGGUACGGGGGCUGGAACGAGGUGCGAGUCAACGGCGGCCAGGUUUCUCGCACGAAGUCCAUAAGGAGCAGUCGGCCAACUUUGGAAGGUCUCGCUAUGGCUUCAAGCAAAGGUACCGUCACCUUCGAGUUCACCAGGAAGGCGGUACAUCUCCAACUCUCUGGUUUGGCCAUUGGCGAAGUGCGAGACAAGGUAGAGCAGCCGGCGGUGGAGGCCGAUAAGAAGGCCAAGACUGUGGAGGAUUGCAAGCGCAGCUGCGAGAAGAAGAGCGGCUGUCGAGGAGUCCAGUAUGACUCGAGCUGCACUCUGUGGAUGUCACCGAUCAGCUCAGUGGCGGACAAGGAAGGCGCUGCAUGCCACGCCUUGAAGUGAGUGAAAAUACAAGGCACGGAAUGAGUGGAGCUGCACCGCUCAAAAGAGCUGGCCUGAGUUCCAAGCCGUGCAAGUCCUCGACGUCCCAACACGGAGUGCACAGACACCCUGA